CUUACAGACCUUAAAAGCAGAGCAACGUUCUACGAAUUUGUCAGUUUCUUCUGUAACUUAAUACGAGUUGAAUCAUAAAAAUGAUUUACUUAACCGCUAUCCUAUUGGUUACAGCAUCUUUUUGCGAAACAUCAAAUGCUGAAACAUGUAAAGUUGGAGAAGAUGGAUGUACAUGGGAUUGUCGUGGACCACCACCUGGAGCUAUAACUUGUCUUGCAGCCAUAGCAACUCCCGAAACCUGUGUUGUCGGUUCAAGUACAAGCUUGUGCGGAACAACGUGUACAUGCAACAAAUCCAAAGCGGAAACAUGUAAAGUUGGAGAAGAUGGAUGUACAUGGGAUUGUCGUGGACCGCCACCUGGAACAAUAACAUGUCUUGCAGCUAUAGCAACUCCCGAAACCUGUGCUGUCGGUUCAAGUACAAGCUUGUGCGGGACAACGUGUACAUGCAACAAAGCUAAAACAUGCAAAGUUGGCGAAAAUGGAUGUUCAUGGGAUUGUCGCAGCAUUCCAACAAAACCUGGACAUGUGCAAUGUGCUGCAGUUCCAACACUUUCCGAUACUUGUGCUGUUGGUUCAGUUGUAAGCCUAUGUGCAACAACGUGUACAUGCAAACAACAGGAAAAGUGCAAAGUCGGCGAGAACUGCCAAUGGAAUUGUGUCACAAUGCAUUCUGAUCCAGACAUAGUACAAUGUGCAGCAGUGCCGAAUACACCAUCUGAAUGCUAUAUCGGGGAAACAUCGUCAAUGUGUGGAACAACCUGUACAUGCACAGCAUCUACGCGCAAUAAUAAUUUCCUCGAUCGAAUUCGCGAACUGCUUGUGAAUUUUUUGAGACGAAUUCUCGGUCUGCGUGUAACUUCAGGAGAUGCAUGUGAAAAGUAAUUUCGUUUCCCAGACCUAGAAUUGAAUAUUCGUUGAAUAUAGAGCGAUAAUUGAGUUGUUCGACUUUUAGUAUAUAGCGAGAGAGAAAAUAAUGUAAAAUAUACAGUCAAUGUGUAGACGUGAGAGAAACAAAA